UGCCCCAUCAUUGGUGUCAGUGGGGGGUGGAAUAGUGCCCCAUCAUUGGUGUCAGUGGGGGGUGGAAUAGUGCCCCAUCAUUGGUGUCAGUGGGGGUGGAAUAGUGCCCCAUCAUUGGUGUCAGUGGGGGGUGGAACAGUGCCCCAUCAUUGGUGUCAGUGGGGGGGGGAAUAGUGCCCCAUCGUUGGUGUCAGUGGGGGGGGAAUAGUGCCCCAU